AUGUUGCUCUUGUCGCUGGUGCUUAUGGUUGCUGCUACAAAGCCCGAAAACGAAUGUGAGCCGUGGACGGUGCACGGUACCGAGAUGUCGGAAGGCUAUUUAACAUCACCGAACUAUCCGCUUCCGUAUCCGCCGAACCAGGAUUGCCUUUUCAACCUCACUGCCUCCCCAGAACUGGUCAUCCAUCUCACUUUCACGCAUUUCGAGCUUGAGGCUCGCAUCGCCCGCUCCAACCAAUGCCUCAACGAUUACCUGAUCGUGACCGUUGUGGAUCGGCAAGGUCGCGAGCACAUCGGUGAGCGUUUCUGUGGCACUCAGCUUCCGGCACCGCUGCACACCAUGCAAAGCUUCAUCUACAUACGCUUUCACUCCUCGCACACUCAUCAUUAUUCCGGUUUUCGCAUUCGAUACCAAUUCCUUCCGGAAGCACCGGCCAAUGCCACUGGGAAGUCAGGGAAGGAAUGGCCCACGCCACCCUCGCAAAUGUCACCGAUUCUUCCGGGAAUUGAAAGCACUGGAAAAGAAUUUUAUCGCACACUACUAGAAAAAGUGUCCGAAUCCUCGACAACCUACCGGGCAAUCAUUUGCAGGGCCUAUGCUACAUAA